UAGAGGCAUUGAAAUUUUCGUUCAAACCUUAACCGCCGGAUCUGAUCUCUUAUUUCAGUUAGUUGAACACAGCAUGGCUGACGACGUGUCUGCGGGCGUGGCAAAACUUCAAGUUGGGGACAAGCCAAAGGCACGCUGAAUUUUAGUUUUUCUUUGUUAAGUUGUAAAUUUUAUAUUUCUCUAUGAUAUCAAGUUUGCUAUUUCGACAUUGCAAGCGUGUACUCCUGCUAACACGUCAAAGAAGAAUGUCUGUGGAAGCAAUGGCUUCAUCUGGCAAGGGGGAAGGGAAGCAAGGGAAGAAGAAAAAGGACAAAAAAGGAGGAGGAGGAGGAGGGGCUCAACAACAUGAGCUGAAUCCAUGGCCAGAAUACAUUCAGAAUAGAAUUGAUCUGUUUGAUAGACUCAAGGCUGAAGCUGAUGCUCAAUUUGCAGCCAAGGUCCCAGCACCAAUUAAAGUUACAUUGCCUGAUGGUAAGGUAGUUGAUAGUCAGUCAUGGCGUACUACUCCAUAUGAAAUAGCUCAAUCUAUUAGCCAAGGACUUGCAGACAAUGCAGUGAUUGCCAAGGUGAAUGGUGUGCUAUGGGAUCUUGAUAGACCGUUUGAAGAAGACAGCAAGCUUGAGCUUCAUAAGUUUGAUAGCGAAGAAGGUCAACAGGUGUUUUGGCAUUCCAGUGCUCAUGUGUUGGGUGAAGCUAUGGAAAGAAAGUAUGGAGGAUGUCUAUGUUAUGGGCCUCCCAUUGAAAAUGGAUUCUUUUAUGAUUCAUUCCUUGAUGGACAGCAAGUAUCAAGCAAUGAUUUUGACAGCAUCAACCAGAUUGUAAAAUCUAUUCAGAAAGACAAGCAGCCUUUUGUUAGACUUGAGAUGACCAAGGAAGACCUGCUCAAGAUGUUUGAAUAUAAUGAAUUCAAGAGACGUAUCAUCUCAGAACGUGUUCAAACUCCCACUACCACAGUGUACAGGUGUGGGCCUUUAAUCGAUCUGUGUCGUGGUCCUCAUGUUAGACAUACUGGAAAAGUGAAAGCCUUUGAUGUUGUCAAGACUUCUUCCACAUAUUGGGAGGGUAAGGCUGAUAUGGAGAGUUUACAGAGGAUCUAUGGUAUUUCAUUCCCUGAUAAUAAACAGCUUAAGGAAUGGAAACACUUUCAAGCAGAAGCUGCUAAGAGAGAUCAUAGGAAGAUUGGCAGGGAACAAGAGUUGUUUUUCUUCCAUGAGCUGAGUCCCGGUAGUUGUUUCUUCCAACCCAAAGGAGCAUUCAUCUACAACACACUGAUUGACUUUAUCAGGUCUGAAUACAAGCAGCGUGGAUUCCAGGAAGUAAUUUCACCAAACAUCUACAACAGUAAGCUGUGGAUAACAUCAGGUCACUGGCAGCAUUAUGAUGAUAACAUGUUUCAGUUUGAUGUUGAGAAGGAGAGGUAUGCUCUAAAGCCUAUGAACUGCCCUGGUCAUUGUUUGAUCUUUGACACUCGUCCACGUUCUUGGAGAGAGCUGCCUCUGAGAAUGGCUGACUUUGGUGUGCUACAUCGUAAUGAACUAUCUGGCGCCCUCAGUGGUCUGACCAGAGUAAGACGUUUCCAGCAGGAUGAUGCUCAUAUCUUCUGCCCUCAAGAUCAGAUUGAGCAAGAGAUUGCUGGAUGUCUAGAUUUCUUGUCAUCUGUAUACAGUGUGUUUGGCUUCACUUACAAACUAGCCCUGUCUACUCGACCUGAGAAAUAUCUUGGAGAAAUUGAAGUCUGGGACAGUGCUGAAAAGCAACUUGAGAAUAGUUUGAAUAAAUUUGGAGCUGAAUGGAGAAUAAACCCUGCUGAUGGAGCCUUCUAUGGACCAAAGAUUGACAUCACGAUUCAGGAUGCUCUUCGUCGUUCACAUCAAUGUGCAACUAUCCAGCUUGACUUUCAGCUUCCUAUUAGAUUCAAUCUCAAGUAUUCAGCUGCUGAUGGAACUGAGAAGAGACCUGUUAUCAUUCAUAGAGCUAUCUUAGGAUCAGUAGAACGUAUGAUUGCUAUUCUCACUGAGAAUUUUGGAGGAAAAUGGCCAUUCUGGUUAUCACCUCGUCAGUGUAUUGUAAUUCCCGUCGGUCCUGCUUUCAAUGACUAUGCUGUAUCAGUCAAGGAUAGACUCCAUCAAGAAGGAUUCUGUUGUGAGGUAGAUACUGAUGCAGGAGAUACCAUGAACAAGAAGAUACGCAACGGUCAACUUGCUCAGUUCAACUUCAUCCUCGUUGUUGGUGAGAAGGAGAAGACGAAUGAAACAGCCAAUGUUCGUACCAGGGAUAAUCAGGUCCAUGGUGAGAAGUCUAUAGAGGAUAUCAUCAAGAGAUUUAGUCAUCUCAAGGAUACCAAGAGUCCUAAUAGUGAAGAACCAUUCUAAAGACACAACUACCUGUCUAUAGAUACCUACGGUAGACUCCCAUCAUACAGCCAAUGAUUAAUUGAUAGCUGAUUGUUUCAGAGGCGGGUCCAGCUGGGUUAGAUGCAGUGUUUGUAUCCACAAUGCCACUUAGAGCUUGAACCUACUAGUAUGUAAUACUUAAACAAGGUUAUACACCAACAUUUUCAAGUUGAUCUUUAUUUGAAAAACUACAAAAUAAGCUACUGUUGCCCUUUCAAUGUUAAAUAAUAAGAAAGUAAGCGCUGAAACAAGGCCUUGCUGUGUAUUAUGAUUCCUAUAGAAGCAUUUCCAAGCUUUCUGUGAGAAUCGUUCUUAGUGGCAAUGUUUGACCCAUUCAAAAUGAGUGUCUUAUCCGUUUCUUGGUUGUCCGAUGAAAAUGGGUCCUUUGAAUCCAAAGAUCACAUUCUUGUGUGUAUGUACUUACUAGCCAUUUUUGUCCGUUGAAAAUUGAUAUUGAUUGCAGAAAACCUUUCACUAUCAACUGGAUUUAGGAUAUUGGUGGAGGCAAAUCAUAACUAGUAAUACCUUGGAAUUCUAUUUAAUAAGUUUGUGAGAAAGGCCUAGACUGUUCAGACAAUUAUCCUGUGGGCCUUCCAUAAAAUAUUCCACCUUUUUUUUUUAAUGUUCAACCCUAAUUUUUUCCUCAUAAAUUUUUAUAAUUUCAUGAAGUGUUUAAUCCAUGAUAAUUUGAGAGCAUUAGAUCUUGUCAUAAUGGACAAGAAGUAAGGAGCUGGAUGAACCUAUUUUAUGGCAUUGUGUCAUAUUCAAUAUGAAAUUAAUUAUGAUAAUUAUAACUUGAGAUUCAAAUUUGAACUCUGUCUAGUAGUUCUGUGUUAUAUUUAUUAAUGAUUUAUUUAUUUUGUUAUCUAGUAACUAAUAGAUAAUAGACUAUUAUUUUUGGUGAAAACUUUUAUGGACUUGGUAUUGUAGAUUAAGGGGAUAAUAACAUGUUGGCAAAUAUUUGGAAAAUUUAAAGAUCUAGUAAAAUAUGUCCAGUACCAAGAUGAGAUGGCACUUAAACAUUUUUUUCAGCUGAAAUGAAAUUUCUUGAAUGUAAUUAGUAAAACGAUUACUUAAGAACUCCUUUUUACUUCAAAUAUAUUGCAUUUACUAGUAUUUGAUUCUCACGUGUAUGAAUCCAAAUAUUCUCAAUAUGUACCCAAUGUUCAUUUACGGUCAUAUUAUCACUGUUUUACAGUGUCUCAAGCGACCAUAUUCUAUUAAAAUAAUAUGUAUGUUUUAAUAUUUAAUUGAGACUGACUCAAAUGUCUAUAAUCUCACAAAAUUCAAGUCUUUAACUGUCUCACUCUAUUACUUGCAUAUUGUUCUUUCAUAGUAUGAACAAAAUAAAUUCAUUUAUUUACAUUUCAUAGCCACAUAACAAAAGUUGAAUUUAAAAGCGCUUAUCACGAAAUAGGUUUAAGUCUGCUGAGAUUUUCUUUUUCCUGGAAACGCUGAUAGUCACACCAAAGAAACUGACUCCAAACAGAGUGAUUGUCUGUCAUUUGUAAUGAAAUAAUAGCUUUGGUAUAAGGCUUCCUUGUCUGAGAUUUGUAUAGAUUUUUAAAGACAUAAUGAUAAACAUAAUUCUGUGUUGAAUGGAAUUGCAGCCAUAAUUGUGCAAUGAACUUUGUUUUAGUCAGUGUAAAAUGCAAAUUGAUUCAAUAUUAUGAUGAUAAUGUUGUAUUUGUCCAAUUAGACAUCUUCGUUUUUUUUUCAGAUGGGACAAAUGUACCAUAGUCAUUGUACUGCAAAUUCAAAACUUACUAAAAAAAUGAUCUGAACGGAAAAUGCAAAAAAUAUUUGAUCCUGAAUAAAAGAUUGUUUAAGCCUUAAUAGCACAUAUCUUAUAAAUUUAAAGGACACACAAGAAAUGAAUUGUUUUAGAGGUCACAAUUAACAUAGACUGGGAAUGCUUAUUGUUAUUUCUUCAGUAUCAUUUUGUUUUAUUUUAUGAAGAAAGUGCCUUUUCUUUAAGUCAAAUUCUCUGCCGACUGUUUCAUUAUUUAGUGAGGUUUAUCUCCAUACAAGUAUAUGUACACAUAAUUGUUUUGUGUUGUGAAGCAUUGAUGAAUGUUCUUCUCUUGAAAAAAUGUUACAAUACUCGUUAUUAUAUUACAAGAGAUGUGUAAACAUGUUGAAAUUGGUAUGGGCUCAGUAUUUAACCAGAUCACAGGUCCUUUAUGCUAUUGAGCAAGUACAUAUAGGCCAGUUUCAUCGAAAUCCUCGUGGCAGAAUCCUUCCUACAAAUCUUGUGAAUUGUGAGACUUAUCCUCAACUAAAAUGUGAUAUUUUUGCAUCAUUGGAAAGGGAAACAGUUACUCUUUGAUUCUAGUCACUUAUUCUGUUUAAAAUAUUUUGAAUUUCAGGCAUGAAAUGAUACCCUCAAACUGAAUUUCUUUGUUUUAUGCUGCAAAUUGUGUGAUUUUUUAUUAUUUCUGAGCCUGAAUACUAAUAUCAUCAUGAAGCUCGGUCUGUACUUUCUCACAAUGUCACUCUUGAUAUAUGGCACCUUUUCAUCGGGUCAAGAUCACACUUUUCCCUUCAAGAUUAAAAAAAAAAAUUCUUGAGUAGUAAGAAAUCCAGCGUUUUGAUCGAUUGAAUUAGGUUUCAAAACAGCAGGCUCGUUCGAUAUGCAGAACCAUUCCAGUCAUGCAUAUAACUUUGAUGAAAGCCAAUUUUUGAGGACCUGCCUACUAAAUGAAUUGUAAUUAUAUAAUUGGAUGACUUAUGUACAUGUACAAUGAAAACAUAAUACAGAAUUGCAAAGUUUUAUACCAUGGUUUUUCAGUUCAGUGCAGACUACUCCUUGGGGGAACAUUCCUUUUCUUGAUUCUUCUGGAUUACGAUUCUGUUUUUUUUUCCUUUUAUUUAUUUGAAUAAGAAUAUAAUUAUUGGUGUCGGGGUAGCAUAUGUAAGACAUGUACAUUUCUUCAUUUUGGUUUUUGUUUCUUGUCUUUAAAUUGCAAUAUUGUAUUCCUUGAAUGCUACAAAUGUUGUAAAGCCACUAGCUCAGUGAAGACAGAAUUAUGUAUUAAAUGUAUAAGAAUUGAACAAGAAA